CGUCUUGCUGUCUUUUAAUGCGCUAAAAUUUCAACAACACGAGUUUAAAUUAGAGAAACAUCACUAAGUCACAUCUGUUUCCUAUUGAGUUAGACUGACCAUAUUUCAUUGACAUCUGUUUUAUUUCUGCCAUUUAUACUGAAUUAAAGAUGCUGAUGCGUUUCUGCCGACUUUGGAAUGUAAAUAUGAACAUUUUUGAAGCUAAAAUGUUUGAGCUGCAAAAAAAGUAAGAGAUUUAACAGACAUAAAAGAUAUAUUUUGACCACAUGAAAUGUGACCAGUACAAAGUGAGGAUUUGUUCUUGGGGUCCCUUCACUCAUUUAAUUGGCUCCUGGUCUAUCUGUACAUCUGGUAUGGGUCUACACAAGACUCACCGGUCUCUAACACAACAUCCUAAGCCUACACCUCACCUUAAUCAUUUACAUUUUUCUACCCUCAGAACCACAUUCACGUCAAACACAGAAUGGCAAUGAGGCCUACAGGUGUUUUCACGAGGCCAAUGUCAAUAACCCAAUAGAGACAGUUGUUUCUACAGACCCUGCUGAGGAUCGAUUCACCCAGGAAGAAAAUUUAUGUCUGAGACUCAAUACAUCUCAUCCCUCACACCCCCACCCACUGUUGUACUACAAUCCCAAACAUGUGUGACAGAAACAUGGCAUGUGAUUGCAGGCCUCUCCCAGUCCUCAUGCAGACAGCUGCUGUUCUGAUGACAGUGCGCAUACGGACCCCUCUGAGUCAUUUAAACUUUAAAGGUCCUCUAGAAGCGGAUGCGAGUGUGUGAGAGUCAACCCUUCAGUCUCUCUUAGUCGCUUCUCCAAAAGAUCUGGCGGCUUGAAACAACCAGACAAUCUCUUAAUUCCUUCCAAGUUUUCCAGAAAUCCUGAGGCCUUUUAUCAGGGUCAGAAUGGGAGCAUUUAUUGCCAAGUUGCUGCUGCCUACCAUCAGCAGUUUGGUGUUCAUCCCUGCAGCCAGUGUGGCCGCCAAGAGGGGUUUCCAUAUGGAGGCCGUGGUCUAUUUCUUCACAAUGUUCUUCACAGCGAUUUACCAUGCAUGUGAUGGUCCAGGCUUGUCCAUUCUCUGUUUUAUGAAGUAUGAGAUCCUGGAGUACUUCAGCGUGUACGGCACAGCUAUCUCCAUGUGGGUCACACUACUAGCGCUGGGAGAUUUCGAUGAACCCAAGCGCUCUUCGCUCACCAUGUUUGGGGUGUUGACAUCGGCUGUGAGAAUCUACCAGGACCGCUUAGGCUACGGCAUCUACUCCGGCCCCAUUGGAACAGCUGUCUUCAUGAUAACAGUCAAAUGGUUACAAAAAAUGAAGGAAAAGAAAGGACUUUAUCCAGACAAAAGUGUUUACACUCAACAAGUGGGGCCAGGGUUCUGCUUUGGCGCUCUUGCUUUGAUGCUUCGCUUCUAUUUUGAGGAGUGGGACUAUGCUUAUGUCCACAGUUUCUACCAUGUGUCGCUGGCUGUGUCCUUCAUUCUGCUGCUGCCCAAUUAGAACCGCUAUGCCGGGACGGGGCACAACGCAGCCAAACUCAACUGCUACACCCUCUUCUGCUGUACUUCACAACCUCAGAUGAAGGAAAAAGCAAGGACUAUCUGGACUACUCCCCAGAAACCCUGGAUGCGGACCUGUAGUCCUGGCCUGCCACUACACAAAUCUCCGCCACGCACCAUGUAAUGCCUGAAACUGUGUUUGUUAGCAGCAAAGUGAAAGUGAGGACAGUUAUAUGACCUCCCAGCAGGCCAAGUAAGCCUUGGACAACUUAGGGAUAGCAUGAUGCCAGCUUGACAUCAGAAUCACUGAAAACAGGUACUAAAAUGUGUUUAAUGACUAGUGACACGAUAAUGACUGUUACAGAGAAAAAUCCAUGACAAGAAGAGUUCAUCUGAAAAGAAAAGAGCAAGACAAAGACUGGAUUCCGACAAAUCCAACUGGAAAGUUUUAUCAGUCACAAAAAAAAAGAACACAGCAGAAGCAUUAUCUAUCCAAAAUGAAUAAACUGUCUAUCAGAGGUUCCUCAGUAGGAAUCACUUGUCCACGUCCAUUUAAGAGACUGUAAAAGAGGCCAUUUAAUUCUUUAUAUUCAUCUGUUUGUGCCAGAACCAAACUCUAAACUAAACCUACUACUGUAUGUGAAGAAGCAAACAAAUGGUCUGAUAGCAGCAGAAUGAGGGAGGUCACAUUUUCAAGUAAAUCGGGACUUUUUCAAUUUGUUUUUAUGUAAAUAUAUUUAUUUCUUACAGUUUAGUUUUAUGUAUUAAUUGACAUUUUUCAUUUUUAAAUAAAAUGAUUUUUCUUUUCAUGAUUUAUUGUAGUAUUUAUUUUCAACACACUCUGUUUGUGUAUAUUCAAGGAAAAUUAACUGUUAUAUUACAACGGUGAAAGAAUUGUGUGGCUUUGUUAAAACUUAAUUGAAUUAUAGACUUCAGUCCAUUUAAGUCAGUCCAUCUGCACACUCCUAACAGUCUCCAAAAAUUACAAACACACACGACAUGUUAUAGACAAAACAGUCUCUCAGCAAAUGUGAAUGAAUUUUUGGUCUGCAAUGACUUCUUUGACUAGAGGUUAGUCAAUGUUUAAUUUAGAUUAUGUACUAAUAAAGUUGGGAAUAUACUCUUGGAAAUACUUUUUUUUUUUUUAUUGUGUUGAUGUUUUUUAAAUUGUCAUAAAAAAAUGACUGAACUGAACAAAACAGGUUUAAACCAGAAACAAUCAUUUGAUUAAAUUAAUUAUAAUGCACUUAGAAUUAAUGAUGCAGCCAUUUCACCUAUUUUCAAUGUGAUCAUCCAAAAGCACUCUGACUGAUGUUCAGAUAUUGAAGCAUAAAGUUUUUAUAAAACAAACAUCAUGAAACUGAGUUGUAAGCACAGCAGACGAGGUCCUCUAGAGCAACGAGGCCUUAUGUGACCGCUCACGGUACCCUGGAGAUGAGCAUGAGCUCAUUUGCUUCAUUCAUACAAAUGAUGACAAAUAAACAAAGCAGCAUGUAACAAUUCUAUGUAGACUUGAAUUUAGAACGCUUUGGACUGUGGCUCCUUAUGUUCUUCAGGAAAAGGCUAAGAAAGAAACAUCUUAAUUAGAUAUGCUUGAUAAGAGCUGAAAAUGAAUAAUUAUCUCAACCAACUGCAACCUAGAUUAGGUUUGACAUGGAGUACUAGCAUACUGCUUAAUGCACUAGUGAUGUAAUGCUAAAUUUAUCCAAAUCUGUUCCAAUGAAGAAACAAACUCAUCUACAUCUUGGUUGGCCAGAGGGUGAGUACAUUUUAAGCAAAUUUUCAUUUCUGGGUGAACUAUUCCUUUAAGAAGGAUAAGUUAUUGUGGGUAACAUCACUUCUGGUUCUUUUGUCACAUUGGAAAUGUAAGGUCAAGCCAAGUGUAUCGCAUUGUGGGACACAAAAUGCCACACUGUGUGUUCUGGUUGUACACCAAACUGAAAUGCAGGCUGGAACACAUUGCACAACUUUUGCACAUCAUUUAUUUAUGUAUUUAUUUUAAACAAUGCUAUUUCUGCCAUGCUUCACAAUAUAAAGGAGUCAACGCUAGUCAGAGCCUACAUACUGGUUGUUCAGCUAAUGAAACGUCUUUCCUAAAAAGCUGUCAGUAGACAAAAUCUCCAUUAAACUCCAUUAAAGUUGGGAGUUGAUGACAUUAAUAACUGUAGACUGCAUUAAACAGUCAGUUACAUAAAUUAAAGUCUUUAUUUCAUGUGUUGUGUUUUUGCACAAGGACAAUAAAUGUGAGGAAAUGACGUCUGAUUGUUCCAUUGUUGCAAUGACAAAAAAAUCUCAGGCUGUCUCCUCUAGGGGCUGAAAACAUGUGUUUGACUAUUAGCAAGGGAGUGUAAACGUCUGUGAUAAAAGCCUGGGAUCAGCUGCCAGUUGUGUUUUUAAACUAUUCUCUCUCUAGCUUUCUUUUCUCGCUUCUCAGCUGUUUCCCCGGCUCCAGAGGACGUCUGAGCAGCAACAGCUGCUAUCGACAAAACAACUCCCACUCCACUAUAGCAAGGAAUUGAUUCAAUCAAAUACAAUGCCAAAUCUCUAACCUUCAAGGACAUUUCAUAUAUAAUUUAUAUAUUCUUGUCAUUCCAAAACUGUAGGAACCCACACACACAAAAAAAG